AUGACCGUUCCCUCCCCCUUCUUCUGGCAGGGGAUAACUGGAGCCUUCCAUUCUCUCCUCACUUUUCCUUUCUUAAAUGGACUUUCUGCUUUGUUGGAGAUGUUUAUUUGGCUCGAAAAGCUGCAACAGAGUCAUUCAAAGCAUGACAGCAUGCAGAGCUCCGAGGGCAGCUCCGAAACGUCGCCCAACGUGGCAGCGCUGCGGACGUCAUCAUCAGCUCAGGCUCCCGUGGUACAGCCUGUCCCGGCCUCCCAACAGAGAGCGCUGGUACAAGCCACAGGCUCAGUUCAGAAGGGAGGACAAGUACAGCAGCUUUCAGUAUCCAGGGCUCAACAGGUGCCUCCACAGGUACAGCAGUCACAGCAUGUCUAUCCAUCCCAGGUGCACUACGUAGGGGAAAGUGGAGAGGCCGUUUACACUAAUGGAACAAUUCGCACGGCCUACUACAACCCGGAGGCGCAAUUGUACGGCCAGAGCAGCGGAGGGUCGUACUUUGACUCACAGGCUGGUGGAACUCACGUCACCGCUGUGGUUUCCUCCGCUAGUGGUGGCGUCCCACCUCAUAGCAUGGUGGGCAUUGCCAUGGACGUAAGCAGCAGUCAUAUCAUCUCCAGCGGCAGCACCUAUUUGAUCCAUGGAGGGAACAUGGAAGGAAGCCGCAACCAUGUAUCACACUCGUCUCGCUCCUCUUCAGCCAUGCUUGAAAUGGCGAUUGAAAACCUCCAAAAGUCUGAAGGAAUUGCAAGUCACAAAAGCAGCCUGCUCAACAGCCAUCUCCAAUGGCUGCUGGACAACUACGAGACAGCAGAGGGUGUGAGCCUGCCCCGGUGCUCCCUCUAUAACCAUUACUUGCGACAUUGCCAGGAACAGAAACUGGAUCCGGUCAACGCAGCCUCCUUCGGCAAGCUCAUUCGCUCAGUCUUCAUGGGCCUGAGAACCCGGCGCCUAGGAACCAGAGGCAACUCAAAGUAUCAUUAUUAUGGCAUCCGGGUGAAGCCAGACUCUCCACUAAACCGGUUGCAAGAGGACACCCAGUACAUGGCCAUGAGGCAGCAGCCUGUCCACCAGAAACAAAGGUUCAAACCUCUGCAGAAGGUGGAUGGAAUGCCUGACAAUUUGUGUGUGAACUCUCAGUGUAAUAACACGCCAGAACAAUCUGUUGCAGCUCAGAGCCAACACCACCAGCAGUAUAUAGACACAGCCCACAGUUUGCCUGAAUUUCCCACUCCUGACAUGGGCACCCAGCCUCUGCCGGAGCGCAUCAGUAUCAACGACAUCAAAAAGCUGCAGACCCUCUACAGAGAACACUGCGAAGCCACUUUGGAUGUGGUGAUGAAUCUUCAGUUCUACUACAUUGAGAAACUCUGGCAGACCUUUUGGUACUCAACAGCGCCAUCUAGUGACGGGAGCACCACCAUCCCCAACAGUGAUGAUGAAUUGGAAGGUGUACUGCCUAGAGAGAAGCUGCUCAAUCUGUGUAAAUAUGAACCAGUACGACUAUGGAUGAGAAGCUGCGAUCACAUCCUCUACCAGGCCUUGGUGGAGAUCCUCAUCCCGGACGUGCUGCGCCCUGUUCCCAGCACUCUCACUCAGGCCAUCAGGAAUUUUGCCAAGAGUUUGGAGGGAUGGCUUACCAACGCUAUGACCAGCUUUCCUCAAGAAAUCAUCCGCACUAAGGUGGCGGUGGUUAGUGCCUUUGCUCAGACGUUGAGACGUUACACCAGCCUCAACCACCUGGCUCAGGCGGCGCGCGCCGUCCUCCAGAACACCUCGCAGAUCAACCAGAUGCUUUCUGACCUCAACCGGGUGGACUUUGCAAACGUUCAGGAACAGGCGUCGUGGGUGUGUCAGUGCGACGAGAGCGUGGUCCAGCGUCUGGAGCAAGACUUUAAAGUCACCCUGCAGCAGCAGAGUUCUUUGGACCAGUGGGCUACUUGGCUGGACAACGUGGUCACGGAGGUCCUCAAGCCUCACCAGGGCAGCCCCAGUUUCCCCAAGGCGGCACGCCAGUUCCUCCUUAAGUGGUCCUUCUACAGCUCCAUGGUGAUCCGAGACCUAACUCUGCGCAGCGCCGCCAGUUUCGGUUCCUUCCACCUGAUCCGCCUGCUGUACGACGAGUAUAUGUUUUACCUGGUGGAGCACCGUGUGGCUCAGGCCACCGGAGAGACGCCCAUUGCCGUCAUGGGGGAGUUCAGUGACCUGAGUUCCAUGAUGCCUUCGCUGAUGGAGAAAGACGUAUCCUUCUCCGACGAGAUGAGCGACCUGGGCAGCGACGGCGACGUAUCCCGAAGCGAGCCGGCCGUAAAGAGGGAGCGCAUCGAAAUGAGCCACCCUCUCCAGGAGAUGUGA